CCCAGCACUAUGAAAACUUUGGUGACUCUGUUGGUGCUUCUAAUGGCCACAGUAAAUGGAAUUGAAUCAGGAUCGUUUUUUGGAAGCACUGCAUCUGAAGAUUAUUACAAACGAAGCAAUGUUUUCGAUUGCCUUAUCAGAUAUUACCUCCCGUUAUCUGAAAACGACGGAACACCUGUUUUCGGAGGUGAGAGAGCUUAUGAUGGGGAAUACCGACACAUGGUUGCAAUUGGUUGGGUAUACAAUGACGGCAUAAAGUACUUGUGCGGAGGUAACACAAUUCAUGAAAAGUUUGUACUGACAGCUGCACAUUGUUACGUUUUCGUUGAUGAGGUUCUUCCGACUAUCGUGCGAGCAGGAGACACCGAUCUGGGCGAUAAUGAAAAUGACUUGUUGGUUCAGCAACGGAACAUUUUACGGGUCCUGAGGCAUCCGUUACAUCGAUACAGUAAAAGCUAUCAUGAUAUUGCAUUGGUCGAAUUAGACGAGGCGCUGUUUUUUAAUUUGUUAAUAUCUCCUGCGUGUCUAUGGCUUGAAAGUUACAUCCCCCAGGAACCACUCAAUAUUGCUGGCUUCGGUGAAGUGAAUCUGGCAGAAGGUCCCAGUUCAACCCUUCAGCAGGGUUAUGUCACGCUUCAACCACCACAGAAAUGCGAGAAGAUGCUGCCUUCCAGACGUAUUCCUGACGGAAUAAUGGAGAGCCAAUUUUGCGCAUCACACGACGCUAUGGAUACAUGUGAGGGUGAUUCAGGCGGUCCUAUCGAGUUAAGAAGAAUCGACCUAUACAAACAAGAAGUUUCCCUAAUCGUCGGAGUUACAUCGUUUGGAACGGCUUGCGGUAGUGGAUCGAUUGGAGUGUAUACAAAAAUUUCAAACUACGUAGAUUGGCUAGAAGAGCAAACGAACCAGUCGUACGCUUAUGAUCAAUGUGUGUCGCGAAUUUUACAUUCGAAGUAUCAACCAUUUGAAAUCUCACACAUUCCUACGAACACACCAUUCCCAUACGUUCAUCUGAUAAGGAAUCGUUCUGCUGAACUCGAAUAUGACUGUAUGGGAACUCUAAUCGACGAUCAGUUUGUUGUUACAUCGGCACUUUGCGCAACACAUCAAGCCGGUUCCCCGAAGUUCAUAUAUGUUCCGGCGAAUGAGGAAUACGUGGCCAUUGAUGAAGUGAUUCCACAUCCUCAGUAUGCAGUGAAUUCCCUGGCAAAUGAUAUUGCCUUGAUAAAGUUGACAAAAUUUUUGAAACGUGAUCUUAAGCCAGUUUGUCUAUCGCAACCA